AUGCUAGAAAAUAUUGAAACAUUGAAAGAAUUUAUAGUACAACUUUUAGAAGAAAAAAAAGCUGAAGCAAUAACUAUAAUUGAUGUAAAAAAGAACACUACUUUAGCAGAAUAUAUUAUUUUUGCAAAUGGCCGUUCCACUAAAAAUGUUGGGGCCAUAGCAGAAUAUGUAGCACUGGAGUUAAAACAACAAGCGGGCAUUAAUGUUAAUAUUGAAGGGCUUGGAAAAUCAGAGUGGGUAUUAAUAGAUGUAGGCAAUAUAUUAAUUAAUGUAUUUUACCCAGCAGUGAGAGAACAUUUUAAAUUAGAAGAAAUGUGGGCUAAAAAAGUAUAG